CACUAAAACAAACGAAAAUUCUCAGUACCCCUUCCUUUAAUCUUCUUCUCUUCUCACAAGAACUACUAUACGCUCCCAAACCAAGGAAGAGGACAACAGCAUACUUAUUACUUAACACAGACACAGGACUGUUUCCUUGCAGUGGGUUCACUUUUUCUCUAUCUAGGUUAUAGACCCAACUAUCAGCUGCUGGUACUGGUUUUUGUCUCUUGGUUGGUUUCACCUUGAUCCGUCCAUCCAUCUUCAAAAAUCACCAAAAUCCACUUCUUUUUCUUCCCUGGUUUUGUUUCCUCAAUCUUUCUUUCUUUCUUGCAUAGAACCUUAUCAACAAUACCGCCACCACUAUCUUCUCCAGCUUCCCAGAACCCUCCAGGUUUGAGGCAUUAGAUCUGAGGCACUGAGUGAAGGUUCUGAGGUUUAGCUAAAUUUUGUUACCGUGGUUCUUUCCCAUUUUCUUAUAACGGAGAUCUAAGGGCUUAGUUUUAAGCUUUGCGUUUCAGGUUCAAAUUGUUGUCGUUUUAUGUUCCCCCGUCUUUCUUUCUCCUCCCAUGCAUCAGCAUUCUUAGUACAGUAUUUAAGUCUCUGUUUGGCUUUAAAUAUACCUCCAUAUCUAAGCCAGGUCAAAGUUUUUUCCGUUUCACCAGUAACGGCUAAUUAAAUUUUGUGGUGAGAUCUGAAAAGGGUUUCUUUGUACGUUGAUUUAUCUAAGGUAAAACAAAGAAAAAUCAGCAAAAAUGCAGAGGCCUCCACAGGAAGAUUUUCAACUUAAGGAGACCAAACCCCACCUUGGUGGAGUGAAAAUAACUGGAGAUAAGCUUACUAGCACUCAUGACCUUGUUGAGCAAAUGCAGUACCUUUACGUUAGGGUGGUAAAGGCGAAAGAUUUACCUGCGAAGGAUGUUACUGGGAGUUGUGACCCUUACGUUGAGGUUAAGCUUGGGAACUAUAGGGGCAUGACACGACAUUUUGAGAAAAAGACAAAUCCUGAAUGGAAUCAGGUGUUUGCUUUUUCAAAGGAUCGGCUUCAAUCUUCUAAUCUUGAGGUUACUGUGAAAGAUAAGGAUUUUGUGAAGGAUGAUUUUAUAGGCAGAGUUAUGUUUGACUUGAAUGAGGUUCCAAAGAGAGUUCCUCCUGAUAGUCCUCUGGCACCUCAGUGGUAUAGAUUGGAGGAUAGGCAAGGGAACAAGGUUAGAGGAGAGCUGAUGUUGGCUGUCUGGAUGGGUACUCAGGCUGAUGAAGCAUUUCCUGAAGCCUGGCAUUCAGAUGCUGCGGCUGUUAGUGGUGCUGAGGGCCUCGCAAACAUUAGGUCAAAGGUGUAUUUGUCACCAAAGCUAUGGUACCUGCGAGUUAAUGUGAUUGAAGCACAGGAUUUAAUACCGAGUGAUAAGAGCAGGUUUCCUGAAGUCUUUGUGAAGGUCAUCCUUGGGCAUCAAGUUCUGAAGACCAGAGUAUCCAUGUCUAAGACAAUUAACCCAAUGUGGAACGAGGAUCUUAUAUUUGUAGCUGCGGAGCCCUUUGAGGAGCCAUUAAUUUUGAGUGUGGAAGAUAGAGUUGCACCUAAUAAAGAUGAAGUUCUUGGCAGGUGUGCUAUUCCUCUGCACCAGUUGGAGAGGAGGUUGGAUCACAAACCAAUAAAUUCUAGGUGGUAUAAUCUUGAAAAGUAUGUGACUGUUGUUGAGGGGGAAAAGAAGAGAGAAAUAAAGUUUGCCAGCCGGAUUCACACGAGGAUCUGUCUGGAAGGUGGUUACCAUGUUUUAGACGAAUCGACCCACUACAGUAGUGAUCUUAGACCGACAGCGAAACAGUUGUGGAAGUCAACCAUUGGGGUUUUAGAAUUGGGUAUCUUGAAUGCUGAGGGGCUAUCACCUAUGAAGACAAGGGAUGGGCGGGCAACAACUGAUGCUUACUGCGUGGCCAAAUAUGGGCAGAAGUGGGUGCGGACAAGGACAAUUAUCGAUAACUUUACUCCCAAAUGGAAUGAACAGUACACUUGGGAGGUAUAUGACCCUUGCACGGUUAUUACUAUUGGUGUCUUUGAUAACUGUCAUCUGCAAGGAGGUGAUAAAUCUGGAGGUGCAAGGGACUUGAGGAUUGGAAAGGUCAGAAUUCGUCUUUCUACACUGGAAACAGAUCGUGUUUACACACAUGCUUAUCCACUUCUGGUUUUGAAUCCUUCUGGUGUGAAGAAGAUGGGUGAAAUACACCUGGCCGUGAGAUUUAAUUGCUCAUCAUUGCUGAAUAUGAUGCAUUUGUACUCACAACCUCUGUUGCCCAAAAUGCAUUAUAUUUAUCCACUAACUGUCAGUCAGCUUGACAUCUUGAGGCACCAGGCCACACAAAUUGUCUCGAUGAGACUUAGUCGUGCUGAGCCUCCUUUAAGGAAGGAGAUAGUCGAGUAUAUGUUGGAUGUUGGUUCCCACAUGUGGAGUAUGAGGAGAAGCAAGGCUAACUUUUUCAGAAUAAUGGGGGUUCUAGGUGGAUUAAUUGCUGUUGGGAAAUGGUUUGACCAGAUCUGCAAUUGGAAGAACCCCAUUACCACUGUUCUAAUUCAUAUUCUGUUCUUAAUACUGGUCUUGUACCCGGAGCUUAUUCUACCAACCAUUUUCUUGUACCUUUUCUUGAUUGGAGUUUGGUACUACAGAUGGAGGCCAAGGAAUCCACCUCACAUGGACACUCGAUUGUCCUGUGCCGAUAAUGCUCAUCCGGAUGAACUGGAUGAGGAGUUUGACUCAUUUCCAACAUCACGGCCUGCUGACAUUGUCAGGAUGAGGUAUGAUAGGUUGAGAAGUAUUGCAGGAAGGAUUCAGACUGUGGUUGGUGACUUGGCUACUCAAGGAGAGAGGCUCCAAUCGCUGCUGAGCUGGAGAGACCCAAGAGCCACAGCUCUAUUUGUGAUUUUUUGUCUGGUUGCUGCUAUCGUGCUUUACGUCACACCGUUUCAAGUAGUGGCCCUUCUUACUGGAUUUUAUGUUUUAAGACAUCCAAGAUUCCGUUACAAACUUCCGUCAGUGCCGUUGAAUUUCUUUAGGAGGUUACCUGCUAGAACAGACUGCAUGCUCUGAGUUUUGGCUGUCGAUUCCUGCAUCGACUUGUGGCUGGGUUUUCCCCAUUUUCUUGCUGCAUGAUGAGGAUACAGACCACAUGGAGGCCUGUUUGCUUUGUCUCACUUAGCGGUGAAAAUUGCUUCCUUCUAUGAUGUGUAAGAUACAUUGUUCUCAAUGAUGUAAUAGGUUUUGUGGAUUUGCAGUUAAUUUAAUUUUUGUUUAUAGGAGCUUUGUUCUGUUGUUGAACGUUGAUCUAUGCUAGUUCACCGUCCUUCAGUAUGUGAUUCAUCUAAUCGGCCUUGACAAUCUAUGCAUUAAAUUGUUACUGUUGGCACCUUCUUGUUCUUUCA